AUGGAUAGGUUUCAGGAUUUUUUUCAUCAAGUUGCUGGUCAUGAUGGAACGCUAAUUGAUACAUCAGGCUUAAUCUUUGCAAAAUUAGCAUAUCAGAGUGAGAUUGAUUUUUAUACCAGGCUACAAUACAGCUCACCAGAGUCAAAAAUCUGCAACUUGGAUAGUUUAAACAGCCAUGAUGGUGAUUAUGAUAAAUAUGAUGAAUAUGGUUCAAGAUUAAAAGACUGGGUACCUGUGUUUAUGGGCACAUUAACUCCAUAUGCCUAUUCAGCUCCAAAUAAUGAGGGCAAGGACAAAGAUGAGAUUACUCAGCUUAUUGAGAAGACAUCUAAUGCUGUUAGGUGUGGUGGCGGAAGCGAUGCAAAACAGCCAACGUAUAUCAUUUUAAAUAACCUAUUAUAUGGGUAUAAUUAUCCGUCUGUUAUUGAUAUUAAGUUAGGAUCAGUUUUAACGGAUCCUUUGGAUCCUAAAAUCAGUCAAAAGAAACAUGAAAGAUUAGCAUUAGUGUCCAAGAAUACAACAUCAGGUUCAAACUCGUUUCGAAUUUGUGGGUUGAGAUUGUUUAAUGAUGAUGAUAAAAUCGAUUUGGAUAUGUUGAACUCAACGUAUAGUAAUAGGGAUGGUAAUAGGGAUGAUAGUUUCGUGAAGGAAGAGCAUAUUAUCAAACAAAGCUAUAAUAAUAAAAGUUAUUUGAAAUUGAACAAAGGGUUUGGAAAAAGUCUAAAAGCUGAUAAUAUUAAACAAGCACUAUCUUUGUUUUUUCUAAGUAAUAGUUUGAGUCCAAUUCGUAAAAAAAAAAUACUAGAGAAUACAUUGAAUCGUUUGAAAUUGUUUUACAAUUGUUUGUUAGAUGAGGAAAUCCGAAUAUUCUCAUGCAGUUUAUUGAUUGCAUAUGAAAAUGAUAGAGAAAAAUGGGAUGCUCUUAAUGACCACGAAGUCCUAUUACGUGAUUAUCCGUUUGGCAGCUCCAGUGAAUAUGAUGAUGAUGAAGACGAUGGAGACGAUGAAGACGAUGAAGAAGAAGAAGCAGAAGAGGAAAAAGAAAAAGUGGAAUACCGCAGAAAAUACGUUGAAAAUGAUGAUUUCAACGGAGGGACCAGCGUGGAUAAUCCACCUCUAAGCUCUCUAAACUUGAUCGACUUGGCUCAUGCAAGAAGUGUGCCAAACCAAGGGAGGGAUGAGAACAUUGUGGAAGGUGUCUACAACUUGAUGGAGAUACUCAAAGCAAUUUACAACUCAUUGUAA